AUGCCUGCCUUCAUAGCCUGUGGACUGGCCAGGCCAGAACAGGGUGGCCUUGCACGACACGUGCCAGGGAGUGCAGAGGGCCGAGGCAGUAUCUCGACCCUUCCUCGAUCGGGCUUUCUUCCGGCAACGGUCGAGGACCCUGCGCCGCCUUUGCCACCUCCGGCAAGGCCUCCGCCGGAUGCUCUGGAGUCCGUGCAGAGAGCGGAGGCAGAUGUGACCUCCGAGGCAGAAGCUCGUGAUGCUGACAUGCCUCAAGCAGAAGCAGAUGCACCAGAAAUGGUUCCUCAGACUAGUGCUCCCAGGAUCCAAGAGCAGCAAAAGGCGGGAAAUGAGAAGGAUGAGAGCAUGCUGCAGGCUGUGGAGCCGCACUCAGUGCCUAUGCUGCUCCCGGAUUGGGAGGCUGCCGGAGACGCUCUGGGCGAAGGCCUGCCAUAG